GAAGAGUCUUCUCUGCUUAUUCAUGUUGCCCUUGGUAUCUCUCACUGCUAGUUGUGGUGCUUGGUUUGUUUUGGUGUAAAUUUCAGUGUGCUACAUCUCAUCUAUAGCUAGGGCUUAUGGUCAUGACCUGUGGCUCAAUCUAGUUUGGUUUCAACUGGUAAGGCAGAGGUUCUCAAUUACUCAGUUUUGUAUGGAAGUUAAUUCAAUAACGUUGGCUGUCUUAAUUGUUCAUUUGUCGAGUUGUUUUUUUUUUUAAGCAGAGAUCAUAAAACUACUGCAGAAAAAUGUCCUUACUUGCCUUGUUUGAUAAUUUUGCUGCAGUGAUCAAGUUAUGUGACUAGGAGUGGAAAGGGUCUUUGUGUAGUGUAGGAACAAUUUAUUUCUCUGUGGGACACCAGUCUUUCAUUUUGACUGAUGUUCCUAUUGUAGCUCUGCUCCAAGCACUCAUCUGCAAUCUCUACUCGGAAGGAUCAGUUCUCCUCCUUUUGCCACUAUUUCCUGCAGUUAAGGCACUCUAGCUGGUGUUUUUUGCCUGUGGGGAGCCAUGAAGUCACAUGACUAGUGGAAGGAGAAGAGAUAACAACAAGCACCCAUCUGUUGUUCUUUUCCAUCCCUUCGGGAUGUCCGGGUGUCCCUGGUUAGAAUUUGUCUCCAGAUAAGAUAUAGGGAGGUGUCACUGUGGGGCAGUCAGGCCAGAAAACAAUAGCGGGUUGAGUCCAGAAAAACAAGAUUGAUCAGUAAGUACAUCUCUGUUGUCAAUAAGGGGCAGAGCUGCUCUGUGAAGGUCAAGGCUGGAGCUGUACCCCACAUCCCUUCAGCUUCUUCCUUUGAUAAACUUCUAGGACAGCCAUCACACUUGCUCUUCAGAAAGCUUGGGAUCAGAAGCUCCACCGAGAGGAAGGCUGCAAGAGCCACAGCGUGUGCAAGGGCUUUCAAGCCUUUGUUGCUUGAGUGGUAACUGUUCCUUGGCUGAGUGGGAUGUUUCAGUACUUGUUUUUCUGUAUCUGCUUCAUCAUCCAGUUGCAGCCAGUGUCUUCGAUGGCCCUGGAUCCCUGCUCUGCCUACAUCAGCCUGAAUGAGCCCUGGAGGAACACAGAUCAUCAGAUAAAUGGUUCCCACGGCCAGCCGACAUGCGACAGUCAAAUUGACGGGGAGUGGUAUCGCUUCACUGGCAUGGCUGGCGAUGCUAUGCCUACCUUCUGCAUCCCAGAGAACCACUGUGGCACCCACGCUCCCAUCUGGCUCAAUGGCAGCCACCCACGAGAGUCAGAUGGCAUCGUCCCACGCCAGGCUUGUGCCAGCUUCAAUGGGAACUGCUGCCUUUGGAAUACCACGAUUGAUGUCAAGGCGUGUCCGGGCGGGUACUACGUGUAUCACUUAAUCAGGCCUAGCGUUUGUUUCCAUGCAUACUGUGGCCAUUUUUAUGACAUCUGUGAUGUGGUGGAUUGCCAGGGCUCCUGCCUGGACACCAGUGACUGCACAUGUUCCCUUGGGACAACACUAGGACCUGAUGGACAGACAUGUCUUGAUGAAAAUGAAUGUGAGCAGAACAAUGGAGGCUGCAGUGAAUUCUGUGUUAACCUGAAGAACUCCUACCGCUGUGAGUGUGGGAUUGGGCGCACACUAGGAAGUGAUGGCAAAACCUGUGAAGAAAUUGAAGGCUGUCACAAUAACAAUGGAGGCUGCAGCCAUACCUGUAUUGAAGUGGAAGACACAUACCAAUGUGAAUGUCCGAGGGGACUUGUUCUGUCAGAAGACAAUCAUACUUGCCAAGUUCCAGUGCUCUGCAAGUCCAGCUCUAUUGAGGUGAACAUCCCAAAGGAUCUGGUUGGAGGCCUGGACCUUUCUCUUAUAAACACUUCAUGCAAAGGAGUAUCCAAUGGCACGCACGUUAACAUCCAUUUCUCCUUGAAGUCCUGUGGCACUGUUGUAGACGUAAUAAAUGAUAAAAUCAUUGCCACCAAUCUGGUGACGGGCUUGCCAAAGCAGACUCCAGGAAGCAAUGGGGACAUCAUUGUCCGCACCAGCAAGCUGCUGAUCCCGGUGACCUGUGAGUUCCCACGCCGGUACACCAUCUCUGAAGGUUAUGUGCCCAACCUUAAGAACUCUCCCUUGGAAAUCAUGAGCCGCAACCAGGGCAUCUUUCCCUUCACUCUUGAGAUCUUCAAAGACAAAGACUUUGAUGAACCCUACAGGGGUGCUCUUCCCACCCUUAAGCUUCGGGACUCUCUGUACUUUGGAAUUGAACCCUUGGUACAUGUCAAUGGACUAGAGACACUGGUAGAGAGCUGCUUUGCCACUCCCACCUCAAAAAUUGAUGAGAUCCUGAAGUACUACCUGAUCCAAGAUGGCUGCGUUUCUGAUGAUUCAGUGAAGCAGUACACGUCAAAGGACCAUCUUGCCAAGCAUUUCCAGGUUCCUGUGUUCAAGUUUGUGGGCAAAGACAACAAGGAGGUGUUCUUGCAUUGUCGCAUCCUUGUGUGCGGGGCGCUGGAUGAGAGCUCUCGCUGCGCCCAGGGCUGCCGGAGACGGGUGCGCAGGUCAGCUGAGACAGAGGAAGAGGAGGAAUCUGUUCACAUGGCAAACCACAUCCUGACAGGUGGCCCCAUCAGAAUCGACUUUGAAGACUAACACCCACCUACUGGAACGGCAUCUCUGCUGAGACGACUCUCCUUGUCAGUGCCUUCUUGCAUGGUUGUUUAAGAAACAAGUAUUUGGUAAAGCCCCACUGAACCACUUAGGACAUGUUUUCCUAAGUGCAUGAUGAUUAUUUGUGAAGUAUGUUGGGCACGCAAGGCAGUGCGCUUAGACUGUGUGCAACUUGGACUGCAGAACAGUUUUAUCUGCCAUUUCUUCCCCACAACCCUUCAGAUGAAGGGAUCCUAUUGCUUUUCAGGCCUGAAGCAUUACCCAACUUGGUCUUCUCCUGCACCUACCUGCAGGCUCCAAAGGACUGUUUGUUCUUGACAAUGUUAGUCAAGCUCUUCUGUCAUCAGACAAUACAAACACCAUCUGUCAUAGCUGAACGUGUUUGCUGUGUAGUUCUGUGAAUGAUGCUGAAGCUUUGAAUGUACUGAGAUUUUGGGAUGACCAUUAAAAAGCAUGUAUAAAAAUAUAAUAUCUUAUAAUGUCUAAGUUCCUUGGAGCUAUAAAACAGUUGUCAUUGCAUGCACAUUUAAAUGUUAUUUUUAAAUAGUAAAAGGUAUUUAAUAAAACUUGAUUUUUUUAGUGUCUUCUUAUAAUUGCAUGCAGUUUAGCAGUAUUUCCUCUUGUAUUUAGUGUACUGUUAUUUUUCUCCCUCUUCUGCCUCAAACAAAAAUGUGGUCCCUUUCAUAAAUGCUAUAGCACCUUGAUUGUAAGAGAAAGACCAUUAAACAUCCUUUGUACUGUUUAG